GAGAGCAAGAGAGAGAGAGAGAGAGAGAGACGGAGAGAGCUGAAUUAAGAGUGAGAACUGUUUUGGUCUACUCCUGAAGAGGGAAACAUCUGAGGAUUGCAGUAUCUGUCAGGCUGCCAUCAUUAGCUUUUGCACGCAGAGCUGAGCUGGAAUGAGUGCCCAGAGGUGGUGCCCGAGUGGGCGCUGAAGAUGUUUAGAUCCAAGUGAGACUCCCGACGGCGUUCGCCAGAAGCCUGAGGAUGCAGAGCCUGCGACAGGCAGCGACGGAGGCAUUCCAUCGCCUAGGUCUCAAGCAAAGACACCUGGGAUACGAGGAGCUCAAUGACCCAGCAGAUGCUCCCUACUCUCCAGAAGCCCAGCCACACUGGUUCCACACACUGCAAGUCCGCCGCCUUCGGGUUCAAAGGUCACGAAGUAACAGUGACCCCAUGGGAGGCAAAAAUUUUGAAAAUGAAUUCCAGUGGAAAACUGGUCUCCAGUUUGGUACAGCCACGUCCUACUUGAAUUUGGAGAAGCUGGGAGAGGGAAGUUAUGCCACAGUGUACAAGGGAAUAAGUCGGAUAAACGGCCACCUGGUGGCUUUGAAGGUCAUACGCAUGAAAACAGAGGAGGGGAUCCCCUUCACAGCCAUCCGAGAAGCCUCUCUGCUGAAGGGCCUGAAACACGCCAACAUCGUCCUUCUGCAUGACAUCAUUCACACGCGAGAGUCGCUCACCUUCGUCUUUGAGUAUGUGCAAACAGACCUAGCCCAGUACAUGACUCAACACCCAGGGGGACUGCACUCCUACAAUGUGAGGAUCUUCAUGUUCCAGCUACUCCGAGGUCUCUCCUACAUCCACGGGCGUAGGAUCCUUCACCGUGACCUCAAACCUCAAAAUCUGCUCAUCAGCUAUUUGGGAGAGUUGAAGCUUGCAGACUUCGGUCUGGCCCGUUCCAAGUCCAUUCCCAGCCAGACCUACUCCUCUGAAGUGGUGACACUGUGGUACAGACCCCCAGAUGUUUUGAUGGGCUCCACUGAUUACUCCACAGCUCUGGACAUCUGGGGUGCUGGCUGCAUUUUUAUUGAGAUGCUCCAGGGGGCACCAGCGUUCCCAGGGGUAGCAGAUGCUUUUGAGCAGCUGCAGAAGAUCUGGGCAGUGCUGGGCGUUCCAACAGAGGAAACCUGGCCUGGGGUCAGUGAGCUGCCCAAUCACAAACCAGAGUGGUUUCUCCCUUGUGAGCCGCAGCAGUUCCGGAAUGUUUGGAAAAGACUGGGACAGCUGCCCUACAAGACGGAGGACCUGGCCCAGCUACUGCUAAGACCUGCCCCUCGAGACCGGAUCCCUGCCCAAGAUGCCUUGCUGCACCCCUACUUUAACACCCUGCCGCCGCCUCUGAUGCACCUCAGAGACACAGUGUCCAUCUUCAAGGUCCCUGGGGUUCGACUGGAGGCGGAGGCCAGGGAUAUCUUCAGUCCUGGCGGGAGGAUAAAACCCUCUCACACCCCCCUCACCAAGUGCUGGUGAUCAGCCUCUGGCAUCUGUGUAGCCACCCAAAACCCCUGGACAUCAGCCCUCGUGGGAAGGACCACAACACACACCUCACCAGCAUUCAGCCCUGUUUGUGCUUAUCCCUGCGCCUCCAACAAAUAUCCCAUGUGUAAGAAGACCACAUGGGCAGAAAGUGGCAGUGUGGUGCUGAGGCUGGGGGGGGUCCUUGUGGUCCCCCUUGCAGACAUCCCACCUUAGUGAUAUCGAUUUCAGGGAGGCAGAUGAGGGGCAUCCGGAAGGGUGGGGCUGCUAGCCAAUGCUUGGCUGGUAUUACAGUAGUACCAGGGGGGUCAAAUUUGCUGACCGGGGCUAGAGAGUGGUGAUAAAAUUUGGGAUGAUGUUAUUGCCGGAUAAUUUCACCACCAACGACUGAUUUACUGGACAUUGCACAUCAUUUGCGGGUGUCGGGGAGCAGUUGUCAAUUUGCGGGAGAGUCUGGGACCUUCCGGAAGGUGUGGGAUGUCUGCCCUUGCCCCAAAGCUGAUGGCCCACCAUUACACCGGAGAGAUGUGAGCCAGUAUAGGCAGGCUAAGAUGUGCAAAUUAUCCAGGGGUAGCUUCCUGUUUCCAAAACGGUUCCUAAAAUUUUUAGAACAUCAGGCUUUAGCUGUGUGUCCAUUUUAGUGUGUUUGAGAAAAGAAAGACAGAUGAUGAGUGGAGAGAUUUUUAAAUGUUAUUUUGCAGUUUGUACAGCUCCAUUGUAAAAUGAAGCCAUAAAUAAUAUGAUAUGUGACAAAUCUCUCGUAUGACUCACACUGUGUUUUAUUUUGCAAGAUGUAUAAAAAAAAAUAAUAGCUACAUGAGUAAUAAGAACAGUUGUAUAUUUAUAUAUUGAGUUCUGUAUAUCCAUAUAUAAGAAGUAUUGAAAUUAUAAUACAUUGACCAACACUACAUAAGUGAACCUAAGCUUCCCAAACGUUUGCUGAUUCCUACAUGGGGAGAACGGGCAGCCUUGGCUGUUACUGUGUUUCCUCCACGAGGCCAAAUGGACUUUAUGCUGGUGCUCAUUGAGAAGAAAGUGCAUGUGCAGCUAGCCAUGGAAACCUUGUCAUGAAGCUUUGCAUCUUGGGCUACCACGCAACACAAAGGCCAAUGGUAAAAGGCCUCUGGGACUGGUGUAUGCUGGGAUGGUGAUGGCCUGUCUGUGUAUAGUCAAACUAUGUAUUAUUUUGAAUGCUAAUGGGACAAUUAUUGGCAUUGUGGGAGGGGUUAAAUCUUCCGGGCCUUCUAGAGACAUUUUGAGCUGCCAAUGGUCUGCCCUCCUCCGCCCCCCAAUAUGCACUCAUGUAUUUUCAAUACAGUAAUUGGUUCCAUGCAACUUUCUGCAUAGGAUUGAAUGUAUAGGACUGGAUUGGUCAUGGCUAAACUGAUCAACAAUGACAAAAUAUCUUACAAACCAAAGGAUUUUGUUUGGUGAAUUACAAAUCUUGUUCCUGUAAUUUUGAAGGUGCCUGAGUUUAAGGGUUUUCCCCUAUGAGCGCAUGGACAUCAGUUCACCAAAGUGACCAGCUGUUUCCAGGAGAGUAAACUGCCUUGGGCCAUGGAAACCACAGGCCUUUUUGGUCUAGUGCAAAGUGCCAUGGACAUCUUAGCACAAAUGGAGUAUUUUAGGAAGCUGGAGAGAAUCCCUCAUGCAAAACCGAGGCACAGUAUUCUACACAGACCAGAAGGCAGUUUAGGGUGGCUAACCGUCAUUCGUAUAAUCAAAAUAUUCAUUCCUUGAAAGCAGAAGACUCUCAUAAUGAGUAAGAAGCAUACUUUGGUGUGUUUCAAAAUUCAAAAUGAAUUAUGACUAGCAAUAUGAAUUACAGCAGUGUUAAUAAGGAUGUACAUGUUUUUCUUUGUAUCUUCAUGUAUUUAAAUCGUUACAGUGCACUAAGACUGUAAAAUGCCCUUUUGUGUGUGUGGGCAUCAGGGCAGCCUAAUGAGACCUGAUUGUGUGUCGCUUUGAACCAAUGUUGACUAAUAAAAGAGUAUAAAUGA